AUGGAAACACCUUAUCAAAAUCACAUAGACAAAGCUGACUUCGACCAUGUUUAUGAGCCAGCAGAGGACAGCUUCCUGCUCAUUGAUGCCUUAGAAAAAGAUUUGGAAUUUUUAAAAACCAAAAAACCCCUAUUGUGUUUGGAAGUUGGUUCGGGAAGUGGGGUGGUCAUUACAGCAUUCGGAAUGGCGUUCCCGGGAACACUCUGUUUCAGCACUGACAUUAAUAUUAAGGCCUGCGUUAUGACUAAAAGUACCGCUCAACGUAACAAUGUUAUAGUAGAAACUGUGAAUAUGGACCUGGCCAGCGGUUUUGUGAAUAAUAAGUUUGAUAUUGUUUUGUUUAAUCCACCAUAUGUGGUGACCGAUCCUGAAGAGUGCAAGGGGAAUGGCAUCGAAGCAAGCUGGGCUGGCGGCGUCAAAGGCAGAGAAGUCAUAGACAGAUUACUGGCUGUCAUACCAAAGAUAUUGUCUCCCUCAGGAGUUUUUUAUAUCCUGUUGAUAGAAGAAAACAUUCCAAAUGAAGUGAUUCAAAUUAUGAAACGGCACGGCUAUAUUGCAGAAACAGUAAUACAGAGAAAAGUUAGGAACGAAAGGCAACUUGUGUUAAAGUUUUAUAAGUUUGCAAAUUAUGAUUAAUAUAUUUGUAAAAAU